CCGCCUGCUAUAAAGGGGAGCGUGUGGAGUCGCUUGUAACUGCACGUCUCUCCCUCAUCACCGGACCUGCCUCCUCCAACCCCCUCCUCCUGCCAGAGAUUGUGCAUGCCAUCCAAACGCCACCUCCACCCCGGCUUCUCGCAGCAGGAACACUGUGGAUUGUGUUUGCCGGGAGGCAGCAAGGUGUGCAGCUGUAGAAGCCGAGCAGCCCCGGUUCCUGUGUGUGUUCCCUCAGCGGCAGGCUCUCAGGAGGGGUCGGGUUCUGCAGCGAAAUGAGCCGCUCCUGGAGGGGGGUUGUCCUGCUCUUGCUGCUCUGCUUCUGUCUGUACCCGGAUCUUGGCUUGGUUCAUGCAACAACAACCUUAUGUGAAGAGAGUCAGUUUCAGUGUGGGAAUGGACGCUGCAUUACUUCACUGUGGAAAUGUGAUGGAGAUGAAGACUGCUCUGAUGGAAGCGACGAGAGCUCAUGUGUGAAGAAAACCUGUGCAGAAUCUGACUUUGUUUGUCGUAAUGGACAGUGUGUUCCUAGCCGAUGGGAGUGUGAUGGAGACCCAGACUGUGAAGAUGGAUCAGAUGAAACACCAGAGCUAUGUUAUAUGAGGACAUGCAGAGCUACUGAAAUCGGUUGUGGUGUGCGUUCAACACAGUGCAUUCCCCUCUCCUGGAAAUGUGAUGGCGAGCGUGACUGUGCAAAUGCAGAGGAUGAAGAGAACUGUGGAAAUAUAACUUGUAGUCCAUCUGAGUUCACUUGCUCCAGCGGCCGUUGCAUUUCCAGCACUUUUGUCUGCAAUGGCCAGAAUGACUGCAGUGAUGGAAGUGAUGAAGUGAACUGUGUUCCUCCUACAUGUGGCGCUCAUGAGUUUCAGUGCAAGAAUUUCUCCUGCAUCCCUCUUGGCUGGGUUUGUGAUGAUGAGCCGGACUGUGCAGACCACUCUGACGAGUCACUGGAGCAGUGCGGUCGCCAGCCCAUUGCUCCCCAGAGGUGCAGUGCCAAUGAAAUGCCUUGUGGCUCUGGAGAAUGCAUUCACAAAAAGUGGCGCUGUGAUGGAGACGCAGAUUGCAAGGACAAGAGUGAUGAGAUAAAUUGCCCAUCUCGCACUUGCCAACCAGACCAAUUUAAAUGUGAGGAUGGAAAUUGUAUUCAUGGCAGUAGACAAUGCGAUGGUGUGAGAGACUGCCUUGAUGGCACUGAUGAAAUACGCUGUAAAAAUGUCAUUCAGUGCUCAGGACCUGGUAAAUUCAAGUGCAAAUCUGGAGAGUGCAUCGAAAGUAACAAGGUUUGCAACAAGCAUAAAGACUGCAAGGACUGGAGUGAUGAGCCAGUAAAGGAUUGUGAGGUUGAUGAAUGUCUGGAGAAUAAUGGUGGCUGUUCUCAUAUAUGCCAUGACCUGCCUAUUGGCUAUGAAUGUGAAUGCACUGCUGGCUUUAAGCUAAUUGACCGGAAAACAUGUGGAGAUAUUGACGAAUGCCAAAAUCCAGAAAUCUGCAGCCAGAUCUGUGUGAACCUGAAAGGAGGCUACAAAUGUGAAUGCAGUAAAGGAUAUCAGAUGGAUCCAUCCACUGGUGUAUGCAAGGCAGUAGGAAGGGAGCCAUGUCUGAUCUUCACCAACCGCAGGGAUAUCCGGAAGGUUGGACUUGAAAGGAAAGAAUACAUCCAGCUGGUGGAGCAGUUGAGGAAUACAGUAGCACUGGACGCUGAUAUAAAAGAACAAAGCUUAUUCUGGGCAGACACUAUCCAGAAAGCCAUUUUUCGUGCCCCAUUUGACACCCGGGAAAAAGUAGGCUCCCAUGUCAAGGUUGUGGAAGAUGUGCACAGUCCAUCAGCAAUUGCAAUUGACUGGAUCUACAAAAAUAUAUAUUGGAUAGAUACUAUUUUAAAGACCAUUUCUGUGUCUAAUUUUGAUGGCUCCAAAAGGAAAACCUUGUUCAGUUCAGAGCUGCAAGAUCUAACCUCCAUUGCGGUUGAUCCAAUAUCUGGGUUUAUUUACUGGUCUGACUGUGGAGAGCCUGCCAAAAUUGAAAAAGCUGGAAUGAAUGGAAUAGACAGACAACAGUUGAUAACAGCAGAUGUGCAAAGACCUAGUGGCAUUGCAAUUGAUGUGGUAAAAAGCCGUUUAUAUUGGGUUGAUUCCAAACUGCAUACACUCUCUAGUGUGGACCUCAAUGGUCAGGAUCGCAGAGUCAUUCUGAAAUCUCAUGAAUUCCUUGCUCAUCCUCUUGCACUUACUAUAUUUGAGGAUCGUGUCUACUGGAUUGAUGGUGAGAAUGAAGCAAUCUAUGGGGCCAACAAAUUUUCUGGGCAAGAGCUUGAAACUUUAGUCAAUAAUUUAAAUGAUGCCCAAGAUAUAAUAGUCUACCAUGAACUCAUCCAACCCCUAGGUAUAAACUGGUGCAAUGAACAGAUAGAAAAUGGCGGCUGUAAAUAUCUGUGUUUACCGGCUCCGCAGAUAAGUGAUCGUUCACCCAAGUAUACUUGUGCUUGUCCUGAUGGCUUUGAAGUACAUGAAGGAAGGAGCUGCAGAGCAGGUAAUAAUGACACUGCUUCUGUGUAUGAAGUAAAUCAGUCUGCCAAAGGGACCUCUGCUGCAUGGGCAAUCCUUCCCCUUUUGUUAAUAGCAAUGGCGGCUUCUGGGGGUUACCUGAUGUGGCGCAACUGGCAACGGAAAAAUAUGAAAAGCAUGAACUUCGAUAAUCCAGUGUACUUAAAAACAACAGAGGAGGACUUGGCAAUAGAUAUUGGAAGGCAUAGUGGGAAUAUAGGCCACACAUAUCCAGCAAUCUCUGUUGUAAACACAGAUGACGACUUGUCCUGAGUUUGGUUAUUCUUGAUUGGCAUUCACCAUCCUCCUUUAGACUACACUGCUUCAACAGGGAUUUUGUUGUAUUCUGGAUGGUAACCACACCAGUGGCUGAACUACUUGUCUUUGUCCACAACCAUCCAUGAGAGCAUGUGCACAGAAGAGUCGUGUGAAGAUGUGAACAGACACACUCCCUACAUGGGAGACCUCUUGUAAAUAUUCAUCAACUGUGUUCAGCGCUUGAUAUCGUUACCUCUAAACUAUUUGCUCCCAAACUUUUUGUUUCUUCUUACCAUCUACCUUUUUUCCCCCCUCAGUAUUAAAACCAAUACUUUAAUAGGUCAAGUACUGUACAAAGCACUUUCCAUAGAAAGCCAUAUUCCAGAAAUUGUGCUGUAUGUAGUAAGUUAUCCUGUACAUAUGUGUAAAGGCAGUUUGUACAUAUCCUUAGAAAGAACACAAUCACAAUUCUGAAGCACUUUGAAAUAUUUCAACUGUAAAUAUGUAUCUGUAAACAUUUUUGGGUUUUUCAUUUAUUUUUCCAAUGGUUGGGGCAAAUGGCAAUAGACAAAAUUACAAACGGGUUAUACAUAACAAAUUGCCAAAUAAUUUCUAAACUUAAAGAAUUUUGUAUGUGUGAAUGCAACUGUAAAUCUGUCUUGACUGACCUUUUUUAUAGAGGUAUGCAGAGGGUUUACUCCCUAUUAAAACCACUGGAGAAUCUUUUCAGAAUUAAAAUGAACUAUGUAUUUACAAA